AUGCCGCUCACAAGCCCCUACGUCUGCUUCAAUUGCAGAUGGGCACCCCGGUCCAGAUUAAAUCUAAUUCGAAACUUCUCUAUCUCUGCGCGCCACCAUCAAAUCCUCCGACCCGCAACAGCUCCGAAGCCAACACCAGACCUCAAACACAUCCGCCAGAAUGUGGAGCGCUACGCCCAAAACUGCGUUGAACGAAACUAUGUCGGUCACGCAGGAUACCCCUCGCAGAUCCAGGCUCUCUCCGAAGAAGCGCGACAACUCGAUCACGACCUGAAGACACCCCGAUCCCGCGUCAAACAGCUUGAGAAAACAAUUGCCAAGCUCUCGAUCGCGGCCCGAGAAGCAGGCGAUGAUACCAAGGACACACCAGAGGAUAUUACGGUCUUAAAAGCAGAAGCCCAGCGUCUCAAAGAUGAAUCUGCAGCAAUGAUGCAACGCAAAUCAAGCUGCACUGAAGAAAUCACCCGCCUGGCUCUAUCCCUACCCAACCUCUCCUCUAAUGAAACACCCAUCGGCGACACUCCCCGCCUAAUAAAGUACCUUAACUUCGAUCCCUCAAACCCUCCACCCUGGACAACCCAGUCCCCAUCCGAUCUCCAAUCCCGCUCUCACGUCACAAUCGGCACAUCCCUCGGCCUACUCGACUUCACCAGCUCCGCCACAACAACAGGAUGGGGCUGGUACUUCCUCAUAAACGAAGGAGCCAUGCUCGAACAAGCACUCGUCCAGUAUGCUCUUAGCGUCGCUCGCCGCCGAGCCUGGAAACCCGUUUCCCCACCCUCAAUCGUCUACUCGUAUGUCGCUGAAGCGUGCGGGUUCCAGCCACGCGACCAGCACAACGAGCAGCAGAUCUGGGGAAUUGAGCAAAGCGAGCGCGAUCGCGAUAGCAAACCUCAGCGGUCAUUGACGGCGACGGCGGAAAUUCCUUUAGCGGCCAUGUACGCUGGACGGGAUAUUAAAGCGAAUGAGCUUCCGUUAAAGCUUGUGGGUUCUAGUAGAUGUUAUCGAGCGGAAGCCGGUUCGCGCGGCGUGGACACGAAGGGGUUAUAUCGGGUACACGAGUUUACAAAGGUGGAACUAUUCGCUUGGGCAGAUAAUCUAGUUGAUUCCGAGUCUGCAAAGGAGAAGAAUACACCCACAUCAGAUGAUCUAUUCGCCGAGCUACUCGAUAUCCAGACAGAGAUUCUGACAUCCCUCCAUCUUCCCUGUCGUGUGCUUGAAAUGCCCACGGGAGAUCUGGGCGCCAGCGCAACUCGGAAACGGGAUAUCGAGGCUCUGUUCCCGUCCCGACUCCGGUCAGUUUCGACUGAAACUGUUGUGGAUCCUUCGAUUCAGGAGCUGGAGUCCGCUUGGGGUGAGGUUACAUCCGCUUCUAUUUGUACGGAUUAUCAGAGCCGACGGCUUGCGACUCGGGUCCGGGGUGGCGCGGCAAAGGAAUCUCGGUUCCCGCAUACUGUCAAUGGGACAGCGAUGGCUGUGCCGCGUGUUUUGGCUGCUAUCCUGGAGAAUGGAUUCGAUCCUGAACGGGGAGUGGUUGUUAUUCCGGAAGUUUUGCGGCCGUGGAUGGAUGGUAUGGAGACGAUUGGAGGGAAGCAGUAG